UCUCAAGGGCAACUCGGGAUGGCCAGUGACGCCUACAUCUCGUGAAAGAAUUUUAAAAAUCAAUAAUACUGGAGUUCCAUUUUAAGAUAUACAAGACCAGUUCAGACAACUUUUACUGCUACGUUCAUUUACAAGUUUUACUGGUUUUGGAUUUUAGGGUAGACUUGGAAACAAAUAUUCACCUGGACACUAGGUUGGAACGUUGACUGAUCAAGGAAGUAACAUAAGCUUAGAAUGCCCCCUUUGCCAGGUGCAGAACUUGUGCGGUCACCUGUUCAGUUAUACCGGUAUCUCUUUCGAUGCUGCAAGCAACUUCCCGCAGAAAGCAUACAGCGGCAUUACAAACAUGCAAUAAGGCAGAAUUUUAAGGUUCAUGCAGAUGAAGAUGAUCCAGAGCGAAUUCAACAAAUUAUCAAAAGGGCAAUUGAAGAUGCUGACUGGGUCCUGUCAAAAUAUAAAAAUCUGAAGCAAAAGAAGUAGAUCCAUAGCCCAAGCAAGCAAAAUAACAAGGAAGAAUGAAAUUUUGGUACUGAAGAUAGAGUCUCUACUAAGCAGUGACUAAACAGACACUCGUUUAUUUAAGAUGGAAUAUUAAAGGCUAAUAGGAAUCAGUCAUUGCAAAUAUACUAAGAGGAUUUACGCAGGAAGCCAACUUGAAUUAAAUAAAUGGACAAAAGUGAAUGAGUUUCAAGGUUGUAAUCUGUUUCUGAUGUCAGGUGAGACCAUGUUUUAUGCACUUUCAGUUGAGAUUAAAUUAGAGCCUUUGUGAACUUCAGUUUCUGAGCCAUGUUUUGCCACUAUUCACUAACAAGCUUUAGUGUCACUACUAUAAUACAAUUCACCUUGGGGCCUUACUGCAUUGUAACAUUGACAAGCAAGUGACUGAUUUUUUUUUUCACUGUCUCUAUCUUGCUAGCCUGGUUAUAAUAGAAUGAAGUGCAUACACUGCUGAAUUGUUCCAUAAUUGUUUAAUGUAAAAUGGGCACCUUGGUAUUUAAUGCCAUUUAGCAGCCACAUUUUGCCACUGACUUCAGUAACACUGGUUAGAGGCGACCUGAGCACAGGCAUUUUAUAUCGUAACUUGUUAUUAAAUAAAUUCUGUUCCAUUGAUUUCAUAGGUGAGAGUACAUUUAUGUAUUGUUUCUAACUAUCCCCAUUCAAGGUACCACAUACUUUUAAAAGCUUCAAAAUAUACUACCUUUUAUUAAAGAUAUCCUAACUUUUGGAGAGUAUUGUCAUGCUUCUUGAGCCCUAACAUUUCAGGAAGCCUUUUCUGCUCUUUCCUACUUACAAGGAGUGCAGACUAUUCUAUAACUCAAGUAAUUUGAGUGGUUUAGAAGCAGAGCAGAGAUCCAAAAUGACACAUCUCCACGAGCCCAAAUAUGGAAAGAGGGUGGGAUACAUAUGUUCUUUUCUCUUUGAUUUAUAAAGAUUUUCAUUUUAGAUUAUAGAUCAUCACAGUAGACUGUAUUAUCUUUUUAAUGCUUUAAUUCAGCUAACAUCGCAAAUUAUUAUCCUGUUUCUGAUUUACAAUAUUGUAAGUCCGCAUUCAAUCAUUUUAUUUGUGUUACUCAUCUUUUUAAACAAUGAAAUAUGAUUUUUUAUUAAAAUUCAGGAUUAAAUCUGGUAAAUUUUACAUAGUUUAAUUGAAUUGUAACUGUAUCUGAAUCAUCCCUGGUCAGUGCUGAGUUCAACCAUAAUUUUGGUAAGGUCAUCAUGAGGAGCCUCAGUGCUCUGGAGCAAGAGAGGAUAAAGUUCAAGAAGCAUUCCUACUUCUUAUUGGGAUAAUGAAUGGUAGCUGAUGCUUGUGACAUCUUGUAUCAACGCAAGUUAUUACUAACAGAAGAAAAGGAAAGUCACUGAAAUGAGAGUGAGGGAGGUUGGAGGGAAGACUUUGGUGAGUUCAUGAUUUUCAUUUGGAAAACUGACACCUGUGGCCAGAAAGAAAACAAGUAAAGUCUCAAUAUUUCUGGUUUGUUAUUUACAGUGUCAGCUUAGCUGAGUUGGUAGCACACCCGGCUCUAAAACUGAAAGGUUGCGAGCUCAAGACUCAAUACCUUGGCAGACGUUUCAGUGCAGUACAGAGCGGUUGCUGCAUUAUCCAAGAUGUUGUCGCUUGGAUGAGCUGUUUAACUGAGAACCUGUCCUGGUGUAAAUAGAAGGAUCCCAUUGUGUUUUUUCAACAGAGUAAUUCUAGCAGUAUGCUGGCCUGAAUUCAUCUGUUAAGCAACAACUCACAUCAUUUAACUGGUCACUCAUCUCAUCAACAAAAACAGAAAAUGCUCGAAAUAUUCAGCAGGUUUGCCAGCAUUAGUGGAGAAAGAGAGAGUUAACAUUUCAGGUCUUGACCUUUCACCAGAACUGAUUGUUGUGUGUAAGUCAGCUGCUGUUUGUACACUUCAAAAAGUCACCCAUUGUCUGUGAAAUGUUUUGGGAUGCCCUGAAGAUGUGAAAGGUGCUCUGUAAGUCCAAACCUUCCUUUCUGCAUGAAGUUUGGCUUACUCUUGUGGUGCAUUUUGUCAGAUGUUUUUGCUAUCCUGAGGCUUGCUCAUUUGAGUUGAUUUUGAUGAUCUUGGCUGAGCUGAAUACCAUCAAGAUUACUGGCUGCCAAAGCACUGGUUGGAAUCUGUAUAUUUACAAAAAAUCCUUGCAAAGUUCCAAAAUAAAUACUAGAAUGGAUGUGUAUCUUGUACCAUAUCAGCCUGUGCCAAAUGUCACAAAACCUACUGUGUAGGUGCUAAUGCAGUUCCAACCUCCGUAUCAAACUGCUGUCCAAAUAUAAGCUAUUUACCUGGCGCUA